UCUAACAAGAUAACUGCGUUAUCCACAUCGCCGAGAAAAUAAAAUAAUGCAAAAUAUGUAAUACAUGAUGGAUACAAGUAAAUUAUUAACAAGAAUCAUGUUUUAAAAAUCGAUAAACGCGAAUGAGAACAUAUCUCUCCUUGCCAACAAUCUUCGUUCUAUUGUGCAGACAUGGGAAAUGUAAGUAUUAACAUUGAUAUUAUCAUGUUUUAUCAAUUUAUAAACAAGAAUAGAGAGAAAGAACAUGCUGCUUAAAUGAUUUGGUUUACUUAUUUUAUGAAAGCAAGUAAGAAACUAUGUUCAGUUGGUGAUUUAGUUGCAGCGAAUAGAUAACUCGGUAAGUGUGAAGAACUUUCUUCUUCCAUAUUAAACUAACCUUAAUGUUUUGCUUUGAGUUCUCGACUGGACUGCUUAAGAAUACCACAUGGCAAGAAAAAAGUAUGGGUUUUAGUGACGUUACUCAUCUACUAUAACGAAAUGUUAGUGUUUUAGUCAAUCGAAUUCAAAUUUUUAUAGUUCUCUCAAAUUUUUUAUCCAAAAUUAUUCGGAUUAUUUGUUGCAUAUAGUAGCUUCAUCAAGCAAAAGGAGGUGGUGGGUGUGUGGCUUAUCGUACCAAAAAGUUUUUUUAACCCUUAAAGAAUGGGUCCCGCAAAUAUUCGGGCAAAAUCUGGACCGUUAGAUAACAUGUUUUUAUGACCGUCUAAACAUCAGGAGUUAUAGCUAACUAACUAUGGCGCGUACUCUACACCAAUUUUCCCCGUAUAUUUCCGUGACCCGUCGUCCAAAGAUUAAAUUCGUGUCUAAGCAACUAUGAAGUGCUUAUUAAGAAGAUAACUUAUGCGCUUUAGAUUAUCAAAUUUCCAUACAUAAAUUUAUUGUUGAACUCUGUAUCAAAUUUAAGCGUAAAAAUUUGCAGCAAACAUGCAAGAAAACACACAAGUUUGUGAGGAAGAUUGUUACAAACAACAAGCACUGUAUAAAAAAUGAUGGAGAAAAUGUUAAUAAAGAAUGCUUGUUAGAACGACUUAAGAAGUAAAUGGCUCUCCAAAAUGAAUUUAAAAUACCAAUUGAAAAACUUCCAAUAAUUUCUUGUACAAAGGCUAGGUGUAGAUCAAAAUGAUAAAUAUGUAUGAUGUUUGGUGAAGUGAAAGUUAUUAGUAUAUUUUGAAUGUGUCUUUUACAAAAGAAAAGAAACUGAUAGUUACAAUAAAUCAAAGGAAAUGAAAUAAGAUUUACCUCAUAAAACUUGAAAGGUGGAGAAAUAAAAAAAAUUAAAAGAUUCAAAUAAAAGAUAAUUUAAAUUAAUACUAUCUUUAGAUGACUUUAUGGAUGUUUCAUUUGUGUAUCCAAUAAUAAAAAAAUGGGAGAAUGGAAAACGUAAAAAAGUUAUUUUUUCAUUGUUCAAACUUUGAAAAAAAAUGUUUUAUCAAGUGGAAGAUGUUUUGAAAGCAAGUUAGACAGACACAAAAAAUACUGAAAGUCUGCCAGCAAGUUAGACAGACACAAAAAAUACUGAAAGUCUGCCAGCAAUUAAUAAGUGUCGUUACCAACUGACAUCUCGACUCUGUAUUUCAUUUCAAAUUGUCGAUCAUGUCAGUCAACGUGACAUUAACUUGCAGUACCAACACCAGCUUUCUAUAUAAUUAUUGUUCGAGGAUCAAUUAUAUUUUUUUAAUAAUCGCAACCACACUGCUGGCUUUACUGAUUGUGGUUUUAAACUCGUUGUUUCUGUUUAUUAUGCAACGAUCAAAAAACCGGCUGUUGUUAUCUGAUAAAUUACUUAUGAUGUUGGCAGUGGCAGAUUUACUGUCAGGUGUUAUCACGCUUCCUUUAUUCGCAUACACUGUUUACUAUUACACGCAGCAAAAACUCACCUGCAAAGUUGCAGAUUUCAACAGAAUUGCAGGCUAUACAUUAUCCAGUAUGUCAGUGAUGUCAAUCACCUUCAUAGUCAUGGAUGUCUACAUAGCUGUUCUACAUCCAUUCUUCUACCAACGUCAUGUGCAAAGUAAUAAAACUAUUGUGCUGCUACUUGGUACCUGGAUGUUUUGGUUGCUGUUCUGCAUUAUAGCAGAGUGGACAUUAACAUGGAAGAUUUUUACGACGUGUGCUGGGGUAGUAAUAGUCAUUAUGUUAAUUUGCUUAAUGUUCUGUCUAAUAAAGCUUCAUAUUAUUAUUAGAAAGAUUUCAUGUAAAAACGAACUGGAUAAAAAACCAAUGGUAAAGGUAUCAAAAUCAUUAAAAAUGGCGGUGACGGUGUUAGGCAUGUAUUCUUUCUGCUAUUUACCGAUAGCUACGCUCAAUGUUUGUAAUGGAAUCAAGAAAAACUCGUCUACCGUUCAAACGUACGCGUUGUUAUGGUGUCAAUUUAUUGCACUAUCAAAUUCAUUCUGGAAUACUUUGGUGUAUUACUACAGACUCCGAAAGGUCCGGCGUGAACUAAUACAUUUGUUGUGCGGAAAAACACCGGAGCGCCACACACCUAGUACAAGCGCCGCUGUAAUAAAUACGAUAUUGUGAAAAAAGAGAAAAAAGGGCAAAUUAUACAUUGUGUACUUAACAUAUAUUUAUGAAAUAUUUAUUUGAAAUGUAAUAUUUUUUCAUCUCACUAUCGUAUCAUUGUAUGUAGUAUUUCUACGGAAGGGACAUUGGGAAUCCUUGAUAUCUCAACUCAAUACAUUGCUAGUCUUGGGGUUUAAUCUGUUUCGUCCUCAAGAAGUGAAACUUUACACAUGGAUCGGAAACAUAAGGUUAGCAUUUAUGUGUGAUGGAAUGCUCGGAAUAAUAAUUGAAUGAUCCAAUUUGCCUUUAACGAACGUUGUUAGAAAUAGAAAAGGUAGAUAUGUUGAAAAUAAAAACUAAAAAAGAAACUAUAUUAUCUAGUCCAUUUUUUUUAGUAAGAUAGCUCUUUAGAAGCGGUCUAUAAUUUUUGCCUUAAGCCGGAUUUCCACUAGACGAUAUGUUAGCGCUAACGCCUAUUUUGUUGUCACUGGACAUGCGUGACGAAAUUAUUUUGCCGCUUUAGCGUUGUCGCUUUACCGCUUUUGGUAGUUCGAAGUCUUCGAACUACCAAAGCGACAAAAAAACACAAGCCAAUCAGAUUGCAGUAAUUUUAGAAAAACGCUGUGUCUGCAAAUAAAAAUCCAUUCAACAUGGUGGAACAAAAUGAGCAUGAGCAUCAUGUGUGGUUAUCAACUUUGUUAAGUCAAUUCCAACAGCAGUAGCAAGAACAGUUACCAACAAGCCAGGGAACGAAUAUUAUUACACAAGAAAUGAGCAGUGAAGUACUCGAGGAAGGAUUCUGUUAUCAAGAAAAUAUCACAUUUGAGGUAGAAGUAUUCCUAGAGGAAGUUAAAAAAUAUCCUUGCUUAUGGGAUACAAACAAUCUGAAUUACAAGGAUCGUAAUGUGAAAAACAAUGCAUGGCUGAAGAUUAGUACUGUUUUUAACAGGGAAGGUAUAGCUAAACAGCUAAUCUUUUACUUAAAAGAAAACAAGUGAAUGUUUCAGUGUUUUUACCUUUGCUUUGAGUUAAUUUUUUUUUUGUUUUCAAUUUAGUUGAAUUCUUGCAAAGAAAAUUAAAAAACUUGAAAGACAGUUUAAAGAAAUGUCUCGAUAAAAGGAAUUUUUUGACAAGAUCAGGAGCUGGUGCUGAAAGUCUACCUAAAUGCAAAUACUUUGAACAGAUGCGUUUUCUACAUGACAAGACCAUCAACAAACCUACUGUGAGUAAUGUUGAUAUAACUAUGCUUGUGGAGCAUAAUACUUCUGAAAAGUUGGCAAGUAAUUUUAAACGAAGAAAAUGAUGAAACCGAGAUAAAUUCAAAACGUUGUAGCAAUGACUCUAUAGACAUGGCAAUUUUAAAGCAAAUUCAAUCAAACAAUGACAUUUAAAAGAAGAAUAGCACAAGUAAAAAUGAACCAGAUGCUUUUUGAUUUGAAGUUCGAAAAUAAACAGAACACUUUAUGUUGAAUAUGUUAUAAACGUUAUGCUUAUAAAUAUAAAAAACAUGUACAAUGCCUCUGCUGAAAACUGCUGAACAUAGAAUUGAUAAAUCUAGGACAAAGGAAAAACAAAAUAAUGCCUUAGUAAAAUCAAAAGCUUUGUAUUGUGAACUAUAAUUCACGUUUGUGUAUCAAGCAAAGUAUUCUAAUUUUUAGUGGACGAACUAUAUUGUUUUGUUUUAUAGAUAUGUUAUGUUAGAUAUCCUACUGUACAGCAUCCUUAAUUAAUUAUCCUUAUAUAAUUGUAUAACUUUGGUGACAUUUGCUAUCAAUAGUCGACGAAAAAUUCUAAAGCGACUAGCCAAAAUUCCGAAGCAAUUUUCAAUCACUCUUCUGGCUCGAGAUAGCCUGUAAUUGAAAACUCUUUAGAUAGCCUGUAAUUAAAAGCU